AUGGGGCGGUGGGCAAAGCGCCUGCUGGACAUAUCGGCGUGGAGGCAGUUGCUUGGCAUGCAGCCAGCCAAACCACCUUGCGCGGCGCAAAAUGUACCCCCCUGCCUUGCUACUAGAGAAUGGCGGUGGAAGCGAGGCGGGAAGACGGCGGAACGGGGGCCUGGUUGCUUCCGGAUCAUGUCGUACAACAUACUGGGAGACCAGUUGGCUUCCAAACACACCUUUCUUUAUACAGGUGGACAUCAUAUGCGGUGGACAGUGCGCUUGAGUCUGAUCCUGCAGGAAAUAGACGGACAUGCACCAGACGUGCUGUGCCUCCAAGAAGUCGAUCACUAUGAUCAACUGGAAACAGCGCUGAGAUCAAGGGGAUUUAUGUCGCACUAUGCAAAGAGGACUGGGGAGUACAGUGACGGCUGUGCAACAUUCUGGCGUACUUCUAAGUUCGAUCUCUGCUGCAUGAGGUCGAUCAGCUUCAGCAAAUUGAGAUUGAGGGAAAACGUUGCUUUGGUUGUGGGGCUGAAUUUUCAAGACGACCCUUCGUUUCCAACGCUGUGGGUGGCAAACACACACCUGCUGUUCAAUCCGAAGCGUGGGGACAUUAAAAUGGCACAACUUCACAAGAUACUGAACCUGCUGGAUGGACUCUCAAGCCAUGGCGAUGCCCAGAAGAACGGCAUCGCCAUCCUUGCUGGGGACUUGAACACGAGCCCCCACAGCCCAAUAUACAAUUUCUUGCGCAGAAGCUGGCUUGAGUGCUUGGCACACAACAGGGCUCGUCUAUCAGGUCAGCUGAAGUCGAAAAAGAAACACAGGGGGUGUGGAGGAGCUAGUGAGGAUUCAACGAGUGCCGGUCGCCACAAAAAGCCAAAGUUGUUCGCAAAUGAGGUUGCAACAGGGCAGAGUCUGAACGGGGCAUCUGCUAUUUCCUUGGCCACCACAGCUGAGACUGGAGAGCGCAACGUGCACAAUGACAGGUUGAUGAUGGAUAAUCAAUGGACCUUGCAGUCCCUGCAGCUGGCAUCUGGAAAGGACGAUGCAAUCAAUGGGGAUUCUGAAGAUGAGAGAUCAUUGCAGUCAAGCUCAGGGAGCUCAGCGACAGAGUCAGACAUCGACAGCAACUCAUGGACAGCCUUGUCACCUCUAAAGCUGCAAAGUGCUUAUUUUGAUGUCCUUGGGAAUGAGCCAUCGUUCACCAGCUGGCACAAGAAAGGGCGUGAGACAGUUGACUACAUCUGGUAUGGCACCCGCCGGCACAGUGGGGAUGGCAAUAAGAUGUAUCAUAUGCCAAUUGAACCAGUGGGCGUGCUGCAGCAGCCUCUGGCGAGAAUGUGCUCCAACAGGCUCCCUGCACGUGGUUGGCCCAGUGACCACAUCCUCAUCUGUGUGGACUUUGUGCAGUCAAGUGCAAAAUGA